AUGCUGAACAUGAAGAGAGACCCGAGUCGAAAAGUGAUUUCCAUCAUCGGUACAACGGGUGUUGGAAAAUCACAGUUGAGUAUUGAAUUGGCGAAAGCAUUCAAUGGAGAGAUUAUCAACGCAGACUCCAUGCAAAUGUAUGUCGGACUCGACGUCAUUACCAAUAAGCAUCCGGUAGAAGAAAGAGGAGGCAUAGCGCAUCACGUGAUGAAUCAUAUUCCUUGGAAAGAGCAGUACUACAUUCAUCGGUUUAAAAAAGAAUGUGAAGAGGCCAUGAAUGACUGUUGGGAACGAGGCAAAAUUCCCAUCUUGGUUGGUGGAACCCACUACUACUUACAAAGCGUUUUGUUUGAUAAUAAAACGAUUGGGUCAAACGAAGAAGCUUACUUGAGUUCACAACAAGACAAUGAAAUUAAGGAUGUGGUGAUGACUGAAUUCACUGAUGAACAAAAGGCGGUUCUCAACAGUGACGAUUCAGCUCUUGUUUUCAAAACUUUGAAAGAAGUGGACCCUAUAAUUGCAUCUAAAUUUCAUCCGAACGAUAUACGACGAGUGAAACGCGCUUUAGAGGUAUACUAUGUUAGAGGAGAGAAAGCAAGUACUGUGUAUCAGAAGCAGAGAGAGACAUUGGCAGAGAAGGGUACAUGUCUGAAAUACGAUACGUUGUUUUUUUGGAUAUAUUCCAAAUUGCCAGGACUGGAUGUACGAUUGGAUCAAAGGGUUGAUAAGAUGAUGCAAAAUGGAGGGUUGGCCGAAUUGGCCGAUCUUUAUACGUUCUACCAGCAAGAGUUGGAGAGGGGUAAUGAAGAUGUUCAAAAGAUGGACACAGGAGUAUGGCAAGUAAUUGGGUUCAAAGAAUUUUUACCUGUUCUUGCAAACAACGGUGUCACGAGGUUGAAGCAGAUUGAUACUAUUGCAGAUAAGGAUAGAAGGGUAGCUGAGAUCAACAACCUCAUUCAUAAAGAUGUCGAGUUUGCCAGUUGUUGUGACCAGAUGAAGAAGAAAACACGCAAGUAUGCACGCAAGCAGGUCAAAUGGAUCAAGAAUUUAUUGGCACCCGAGCUCUCUGAGGAGGAGCAACUUGGGUUUGUCAAAUAUGGGAAAAUAUUUGUCUUGGAUGCCACUGAUCUUUCUGUGUGGCAAAAAACCGUUGGUAAUAGGGCUAAGUUGAUCACAGAAGAAUUUCUUGACAAAGGAUACGUGAAUGAAGAGUCCUGCGGUGGGGCAAAACGGCAAACCCCGGAAACUUUGCAAGGAGAAAAGCUGAUUGAUGAUCAGAAAAGAGCAUCAUCUGGCAAGACGGAGAAUUGGGUUCACCAUGAGUGUGAGGUAUGUACCGACAGAGAAACGGGGAAACCCUUGGUCUACGUGGAUGAGCAGUGGGCAAUUCAUCUCAAGUCGAAAAAGCACAAGUUCAAUCUCAACAGGGGGAAGCGGAAGAGAGAGCAUGAGGAGUGGUUGAAGAAGAAUCCAACAGGACGUGUGACCAAGUAG